GCCUAAUUUCCUUAACUGUUCUGGGUCUAUCAUGACAUGGUAGGAAUAUCUACGAUGCAUAUAACUCUUCUUCCUAAGUUUCUCAAACUAUUCACUUUGUCCAAUCCUGCAGAAGCAGCUGCCUGCAUGGACGACUCCGGAUGCUGGUCCGGACUUGCUGCUGAGUGUUCAGAGGCAUGUGGAAGCGAAGACUGUGGAGCAGCUGGAUUCGGCACAAGUCAUGCAACUAGAGAGGAACCUGCAGUCCUUGCUCGGAGAGGCCCAAGUUCGAAAGACAGAGCUGAUGAUUGAAGCUGUUACGAGCUUUCAGCAGCAGGAGAUGCCUCUCCCUCCAGAAAGCCUGCUGAUGGAAAACGAGCUCUCGGCCAUAACCAACCAGCAGAGCCAGAACCAGAACCAGAACCAGCAGCACGAGCAGGAAUUGGACGCCAUUCCAAAUCCAAACCAGCAGCAACAACUUUUCCUGAUGGGGAUGCAUCUAAACAACAGCAACAAUGGUGGAGGUGGAGAUUCCAAGAUCGUCCCAAUCCAGCAAUUGCAGCAUCAUCAACAAAACCAGCCUUUUCUCAUGGGUAUGCAUCUGAACCACGACAACCCCUCUACCACAAAUCAUAACAACACUAACAGCAGUAUCAGCAAUGGUGGUGCUGGAUCAGGUCCUUCUGUUGCCUCUCUGCUCCAGAGGGAUGCCUUCCAGAAGGGCAUCCUUCAUUUCUUCUGACCAGACCAGAAAGAAACUGCAUGCAGAGAAAGAAGCAUGCAUCCACCCAUCAGGAAAAAAAUGAUGCUAUUUGUACUACUUUCCUAAUAGUUUCCGAGUUUUGUGACACUAGCCCCAGAAGCCCUGCACUGGGGAGUGUUCUACUAGUAAAUAAGAUGAUUUUCUGGGUAAAGAUGAGGAAAAAUAGCAGCGGUAGCUGCUUGCUGCAAUCCAUGGUCAUAUCUAGAUGUUAUUAGUAUUACAUGUGUUGGAAAAAGGUCUGCCACGUGUGCCUGACAUUGCCACGUCGCAUGUCUGAGAAAGUACCACCUUGGAAUCGUGGGCUUUCAAUUAUAGUUAUGUACUAUUCUAAUCUUAAUUAAUAGCAUAUAAUUAUGUGUGCCAGCAGGUGAUGUAUGUGUAAUGUGUUUUGCCAACAAAGUUUAUAGGGGGAAAAAAUGGGUUUCAGGCGACAAGGUGAUAAAAGGUAUUUGACAAAUACAAAUAUGAGUUUUUUUUGUGUGUGUGUGGUUUGGAAUUAAUUUGUUGGGGAACACUUAUGACAAUGAAGCUUCAAGGUCUCCAGUAGGAAUUUGAGAUGUGGAAGGCAACCUUGAAUUGAUUCUGUCAAUGGAGAUUGGGGAGCUACUGAGAAAAUUCAAAACGUUGUGUUUUGGACCAAAAGGGAAUCAACUCACAUUCUGUCUAAAAUGUUAGAUGU